UUGUUUUUUUUUCUCAUUAUUUUUCUUUUUUCAUUUAUUUAUUAUUGAAAAUUGUGAGGAAAUGAAUAAAAAGUAACAAAGUAGUGCGUAACAUAAAUUGGCGAGAGAGAAAAGCAGUUCGAUGCCGUCCCUUCUGCAACAGUUGGCCAUGUCGUUUGAAGGAGAAAAUGGAAAUCCAUUAGAGGUAUCGAAUGAUGAGACCAUGAAACAUUCCCAGAACCAGCAUAGCAUGCCAAUGCAAAUGGAACAGAGGGAUACCAUGAUGAAAAGAGAGCAACAUCAGCAAAAGCAACAGCAGAUUUCACGAGAGCCUCUCCAUCAAUUCGAAAAAUCACUGAGUAACCUGUUGCUCGAUCUCCCACCACCCCCAAUACCGACACCUGCAUCCUACUAUCAAGCACACUCACAGGAUUCACUUUCAGGAUACAGGCCUGAAACAAUCAAAGAGGGGCACUUGGAUGGGAACAUGUCGAUUUCCGAUUUAUUCGGACUGGGAAUGCCAAGAGGGCCGCUAAUGGACAGCCAGUCGUCCACAGGUUUUUCUCCAGGAUUUCGACAUCAUGCACAACAACAUGAACCCAAUUUUGGACAGUACCACCAAUUCAAUUAUCAGCAAUUCGAUGACGAAAGUAGUGGCUACCAUACGUAUUCGUCGAGUAUCGACAUGCCAACUACACCGAAUUCGGUGACAACACCAGGAAGUCCCAGUACUACUGGGAGUGCUUAUUCCUAUCCUUACAGUUACUCAUCCAGCACAGUAAAUUCGUCUCCAUCGUCAACUCGUUCGUACUAUAAUCAACUGAGUUCACAGUCUCCAUCAGUUCGUCAAAAUUUGUGUGGUCGUGCUAUACGAGGUUCUCCGCCUUAUAGUGAUUGCAGUAGUCCAACGAUGGAUCAUCCUCAUGUAAUUGGUUGCAAUUGCUCGAGAUCCAAUUCCCCAGCGGAUUCCGAUAUGAGUGGAGGCAGCGCAGUGGAUUAUUCUCUGCCUGACAUGAUGAGUGUUUUAUCACUGAAUCGUUCAUGGUGCUCGGAUUCAAUAAAUUCAGCAAUGGAUUCGGAUAUGGAGAGGUAUCACAGCAAUCGGGCAACUGCAAUGCACCGUGUACCCAUGAAAAAAAUCGCUGCAGCACCACCGCCACAUGGAAUUCGUCAUCAUCAUUGGUGCCCAAAUGGCAAUCACGUUACGAGUUUUAAUCCACCAAGCACCGAAUCGCAGUUGUCAUUGGAUCGCGCUGCGAAAUUCCACAGAAAUGCUGCUGCUCUUUGCGAGGCUACACACACCUGGAGUGGUACUCUACCAAUGCGUUCCCAGAAACUCACUGGAUUUUCGUCAAAAGUUUUCCUUGGAGGAUUACAGUGGGAUAUCACUGAGGCACUUCUCAUUAACACUUUCAAGCAGUUUGGUCCUAUAAAAGUUGAUUGGCCAGGUAAGGAUCAGUCAGCUGCUCAGCCCAAGGGAUAUGCUUAUAUUAUUUUUGAAUCGGAGAAACAAGUGAAAGCUUUGCUUUCAUGUUGUACACAAGUGUUCUCCAAUGGUGGAAGUUACUAUUACAAAAUUUCAUCAAAGAGGAUGAAGGGAAAAGAUGUUCAAGUUAUUCCCUGGGCAUUGAGCGACAGUAACUUUUCCAAGACACCUCAGAAAUUGGACCCAGGAAAAACAGUUUUUGUUGGUGCCCUCCACGGUAUGCUGACAGCUGAAGGGCUGGCAAGGAUCAUGGAUGAUCUCUUUGAUGAUGUUAUCUACUGUGGUAUUGACACUGAUAAACACAAGUAUCCCAUUGGAUCAGCUCGUUUAACUUUCAGCAGUAAACGAUCCUACAGGAAAGCUGUUGCUGCCGCAUUUAUUGAAAUUAAAACAGCUAAAUUCACCAAGAAGGUACAGAUUGAUCCAUACCUCGAAGAUUCAGUGUGCUCUGGAUGUUAUGUACAGCAGGGGCCAUAUUUCUGUCGUGAACCCAUGUGCUUCAGAUAUUUCUGUCGCACCUGUUGGCUCUACCAGCAUUCGCUAAGAGCCAUGCGCCAUCACAAACCCCUCACUCGUAACUCUAAAAUCAAUCAGGUUGUUGGGUUAACACCAAACUUUGGUUUAAACGGUGCUGGCAACCGUCUCUAAGUAGGAAUAAUUUAAGUGAAAUUAUUAAUCACCAAUCACCACCUGGAAUUUCACUUAUAGUUCGGAGCAACCCCUUUUCUAAAUUUUUUUUUUCAAUUUAAUUAAGGGGGUUUGGUUGAUGGAAUGGUUUUUUUUUUCUCAUUUCGAGAGGACGAUAAUUGGCACCGGCGAUCGUAAAACGUGGCUACUUUGUUAAUAAUUGUUUCUGUUUUUUUUUCUUUUUUGCCUAUUAAGGUAUGUUUUGAAUCACAAUGUUAUUAUCAGUAAUAAUAAGUUGAGCCGUUAACCCUUAAAAGUUACACAUGAAUGAAAAAUACCCGUAAAUCAUGUGAACACACAAAAUGAAAGAAUAAUUGCAAAGGAGAGAGCGUUAAAAUACCAAUGCUUAGAUCCAUUGAGGGUGUAUUUUAUUUAUUCGUUUAUUUGGGGACUGACUCUCAAGUUACCGUGCAAAUAUUUUUUUUAUUGACGGAGGUGAAUAUAUAUUGAGAAAAAUAUAUACAUUAAUCGUGCUAAAUUGUCAACGCACUGAAGAACAGUGAAUGGAAAAUAUUCGAUCGAGCUAGACUAGAUCUUGGCUUUUAUAGUGAAAUAAUGUUGGUUUUUUUUCACACUAUGAGCAUAGGGAGUCAUUCACUGUUUGAUAAAAAUGUAUCAAUUUCUAAAAAUAAUCGAUAACAUUGACUUCUAUUACGUUAUUAUGUAUUGAGUGACAGUUCACUCUGGUAAUUACUAGAUUUCCUAUAUUGUGUCUUAGAGUUAUUCGGCGAUCGGAUACUGUGCGUUAUUAAUCAUUGGAGUAAGUUUUAUUUAUUUAUUUUUUUUUUUUUCAUCUGAAUACUUGAUCGCUGAGUAUCAUCAUUAUUUGGGUGGUAUUUACUCACAUAACAUACGUCCAACGUAAACAGAAGUCUAAACAAAUCGAUUAUGUAGUUGAACAUUGCUCGAGGCAGUUGAUUGUGUAGAAAAAAAAAAGUUCUAAUGAUGUUACUUGAGGCACGAUAUUUAUCCAAUACUUUCAUUCAUUAUUGUGUCGUUAUAUAUAUUUUUUUUUACAUACAGUUGUAUAAUGUAACGAUUUUGGGCUAAUCAGGACUGCAAGAGGGCCGUAAGUUAGUGAGAAGAACAAUGUAGCAUAAUGUCUGUGAUACGCGAGUGAAACUGUUUUCUCAAUUAAUCAAAACUGUAUUCAUUAUGGGCGAUUCAGCACAGACUAAUUUAUUUGUUGACGAAAUUUAAUAAGAAAAAAGUACACGGUUUACAAUUUCCAAGUGCAAUUGUAGUGAUUCUAUUAUGAAUUUUUUUUUUUUCAUUUUAUUUUUACUUUUUUUUUUGUCUUUUGUUUCAAGCAAAAAUCUCAAGUGUAAAUGGGUAAAAU